GGUGGAAUUCAAAGAGUUAGGCAAGCAAAGAGCACUGUGGAUUUGACAUACUUGCGUAAUCAGUUUGUUUCCUGGCUAUGAAGGUUGCUUUCGUUACUGGUUCCAAUAGAGGGAUAGGAUUUGGAAUUGUUGCCAAAUUGGCACAUGCUUAUGGUUCCACCGGAGAGUGGGACGUCUACCUAACAGCUCGAAAUGUUGACUUGGGCAAAAAAGCGUGUGAGGAAUUAAAAGGCAGAGGCCUCCAGGUUAAGUUCCAUCAGCUGGAUAUUACCGAUACUGAGAGCCGGAAAAGUUUCCUGGCGUACAUGAAAGCCCAUUAUCCAGACGGGAUCAACAUCGCCGUUAAUAAUGCUGGUAUUGCAUAUAAAGACGACUCAACCGCUCCGUUUGGCGAACAAGCUAGGGUUACUGUGCACACUAAUUUUACCUGCACCUUUGAUUUCACAUUGGAAUUUCUUCCUCUUCUCGCAGAGAACGCCAGAGUUGUCCAUGUGUCUAGCAUGUGUGCUCAUAUGACACUGAAACAACUGGGAGAUGAUUUGUACACUAAGUUCACUUCAGUGAUGAGUUUGGACGAACUGAAAUCUUUGGUUGGGGAAUUCGUGAAACAUGCCGAAGCCGGGGACCAUGAGAAGUACGGCUGGCCUACUACAGCAUACGGCGUAGCCGCGGUAGCACAGAGAAAGGCUUCGUAUAUACUGGGGGACUCAAUCAAGUAUGACCCUCGGCACAUUGUAAUGAAUUCGGUACAUGGUGCGGACACUCCGUUUUACUUGGCUACUCUUCCAAUCGGUGUGAAGGAACCGAUAAACGAGUUCGUCUCCGACCGUCGCAUUAUUCCCUGGUCAAAAGAUGUGGAGGUCAGAUUCUAA